CGUGUUUCCAGUCAAUUUCUUUGAGUUUGCGUUCUUUCCGAGUGUUUUGUGCUAAGAAGAAGAAGAAGGAAUGUUUGUUUUUGAGGGUGUUUUCAGUGAAUUUUGUGUAAUUUUCUCCUUGUAUUUCACUUAUGAUACAAUGGAGAGAUCAGUAAUUACCAUAUGAAAACAAAUUGUGUCCGACGAAGGCAAUAAAAAGCCAAUCAAAAUGUCCGUAAUAUGGUUAGACACAAAAGAAAAGAAAAAUUCACAACAUUCGAAAAUGUAUAUGGAAAUAAACUUCAACUGUACUUAGAAAACAGGGAUGGUGCUGUGAGGAUACGACUAACCAACACCCUAUACGAUAUAUGGUUUAGGAAAAGCAUUUUGUUACUUGCAAUAGCAGCGCUAAACCUAUCCUGUCUUGUUUACGACAUAAUCUGUAAAAAGCUAAUUAUUGUUGUGUUUUUUGGUGCGCUGUAUAUGUUUUUCAAGCUGCUCUGUAUUGUAAGAGAAGGUACCUGCAACUUGUCUCAACAUUUUGACCCUUCAGGAACACAAAGCUCAGUUUUCACUGCUAAGACAAAUCCAACACCUCAUAUGAGGGGUAUUAGAAUCAAACGACACUCCACUCCAAAAUGUAAAAUUUCACUACCAGAUAUUCUUGUGAUGGUCCAUGAUUUGGGGAUGCAGUUGAAAACUAAGUACUUGUUAAAUAAAUCUAGCAAAUUCAUUCCAAAUGAGAGCAUUCAACAUAUAUUCAUCAAUGAAGUCAUAUUUCGGAGUAAGAUCAUUUAUACUUUAAAUCUACUGCUAGUUGACAUAGUUACCAAAGAAGAGCGUAUCCUGCCUCUAUUCCAUGAAUUAUUGCCAAGACUGAGUUGCCUAGAAGUUAUUUAUAAGAAUAUUAGAAAAAAAUGUCAUUGACAUUUCAGUUUUAUAUGUCUUGGAACACACUAUUCUAUGAAUAUUUGUUAAAGAUAGGUAAAUGUGCCAAAGCUAGUUUGAAAUAAAUAAUACAAGGGAAUGAGCUAAACUAAUUUACAAAUCAAGCAUCAUGAAACAUUUAAUAGAUGCCCACGAUGUAUGAGCCUUUGAUUGAGAAACUUUGUCCUGAGGGUAUAGUUGCAAUGCUGGCCACAAAUCACAUGUCUUCUCAGUGUUCCGCGACCUUACGUUGAGAAUUAAUUUCACGAAUUUGAUAAAUCCUAUUUAUUAAAAUCAACAGCUAUUUUGCCAUGAAGGUGACCUUCACUAAGAGCCUUGAUGGUAUCUGGCAGUUGUUCAAAAUUGAAUGUCUUCUGAAUGACAGGUUUUAUCUGAAAACUGAAUAAAGCCUUUAAAACUCUAUAUUUACAAAUCUAGUUGAAAAUGAACCUUUUUUUUGAUAUCAAGUCAUGUACAAACUUGAAUCCAUCUGCAGAAGGGACGAAAAAUCUCCACUUAACUUGACUGCCUUUCUGACAGCUGUCAAUUUUAGAUUUCACAAAGUCCCUUGCACUAACUGCUAAACCAGCAAGUAGGCCUUGUUUGUCCGUGUUUGUCAACAAAGGGGAGUUUAAUGUAAUAUAUGUAUCGUAUUGCAUUGUUGCAGGUAUUUUAUCAUAGCCUAUUUUUGCACAGUCCAAUAUUACGUUAUACCUGAAGGUUCAGUUUUCAGAUUGGGGUGCUAUUUUGUAAUCUUUAGAACACUGCUUACCUAGUUUCUAGUUCUACGUUUUUUUCAUAAUCAGGGUCAGUGUAGCUGAAAAUGCAAUCUGAACCCAACGAGUAAACUAGAUCUACUGCAUAUUUUGCACAUGUGCAGUACACCUGUAACAGUAGGUUUUAAUUUAUGUAUUUUGAAUCUGAAUUAUACAUAAAAAUAAUCAAAUUAUGAAUAUCAAAUUAUACUUUUUUUGUUGAUGAAUCUAAGGUAUUGAGGUUUUUAUUUAUGUGUUAGUUAAAAUUUCAUUUCGUCGCAGCCCAAAAGGUCGCUUAGGACCUCCCGUAGGAUCUAGCGUCAAAUUGUUACAAAACAUGAGCGUCCGCGGGGAGAUGCCAGGGGACCUGUGGUCCAUCCAGGGAAUUGGUUGGAUUUUAAAAUGUGCACAUUUGCACAAAAGGGCAGGACACUUCCACAAAAGGUUAUCUCUUACGCGUAACAGAAAUACAUUUCAGAAAAU